AUGAUCGGCACGUCUCUGAGCGAGCUGAUACUUGUUCGCAUUUCCAUAAUUUUAUUUCGAUAUCUUCCAGUCUCAUACGUCGCAUGCCUUCUCUACAGGAUUCUGAAAAGAGAUUUCCCGUGGACCGACUUAACCACAGCAGUGGUGGCCUUGUUGCUAGCAGCAGAAAGCUUGUUCUUCUUCAUGAUAUAUACACCACAUAGGCGGAGAUUGCAGGAGGCGGCAAACCAUCCUGCUCCGUUGUCGCAUAUUGAGCGGAGACGCUUAUUCGACAGUUGUAUGGCAUGUACGCCUCAUCUGGCCGAAUACUUGCGCUGGUGGUUCCUUGGUGCCGACUUGGAAGAUAUUUGUCGGGACAAUCUGCGCGACUUCUUCCUGUGGGCGUUCUUCGACACGGAAGUGAAAAAUCACAACCCAGCAACCAUUGAUCGGGACAUCUGGAAUGAGGUCAACGAGUACGUCACGCUGACAGAAGCACGACUUGGUCACCCCCUGCGCGAGGGACGAGGUCCGGCCAAAAGUUUGCGUCUCACACUAGACGGCAUAUCUACGGCCUACAGAUGUCUACUGUGGUAUUUCAUAGUGUUCCUGGUCGACCAAGCUACACACUUCGUAUUGGUGUGGCACGGGUUUCGUUACUACGCCAGGUCAUUUGAUGUCGCUCAAAGGACCUUUCCUCCACGCCCGCAGGAGUUGUUUGCCAAACGUCGCUCGACCGCACCCGAGCUUGGCUACUGGUUUCUGCCGCAUGCCACUCAUAGCAGAAAUAGGCAAUCCGUUAUUUUCUGGCACGGAAUCGGAAUAGGGCUAUGGACAUAUGUCUGGUUCAUAAUGCAAUUGCGCACUUCCUGGGCUCCAGACCACAGUACGAGCAUACUUGUGCCAGAGAUGCUUCCCAUUUCCUUCCGACUUACGGACCCGCCUCCUCGAAAGGAUGAGCUCUUGAACAUGACGAUGCAAAUUCUGGACCAUCACCAGGGCUGGGAGAGGUUCACGUUGGUGUGUCACUCAUACGGGUCGGUUCCCACAACUCACAUGCUGCGAUCGCCGUCAUUGAGAAGAAGGAUCCAGUCCGUCGUGCUCAUUGAUCCCGUGACGAUCCUUCUACACCUACCAAACAUUGCCUACAACUUCACACGCCGGACGCCGAAGCGGGCGAACGAAUGGCAGCUUUGGUACUUUGCUAGUACCGACUUGGGAGUAGCUCUGUGCCUCGGCCGGCAUUUCUUCUGGCGGGAAAAUAUCACCUGGAUGGAGGAUCUAGUAUUAGAUUCCACCCAGCAGACUGCGCAGGAUCAUUGCAAGGGCGCACAGAGGGUCGCGGUGUGCUUGUCUGGACGAGACUUGAUUGUAGACACGGCGGCAGUCACACGAUAUUUAUCCAGCAGUCCACAAAUCAUGGGUGUCCCAGAAGGUUCCGAGGCCACCAAAGGCAGCAGCAGCAGCGGUGGGUGUGCUGUGGACGGUGUACGAGUUGUGGUGUUUCCCCAUCUGGACCACGCCCAGGUCUUUGACCGAAGGCGCGAGCGCGAGAAAGUUGUCGAGCUUAUUCGGACUACAUGA